AUGGACGUCGACUACGAUGACGAGGUCGCGGAGGAGGGUGCGCGACCCGCUGGACGCCGAGUGAAGGGCCGUGGUGGCGAGGAGGAUGAUCGCUACGCAGGCAAAGCCGGGAAGUUUGAGCGUUUGGACGACGAUGACGAUGAGACGGGCGCCGCACGAUCCAUCGAGGGCUGGGUCGUUAUUGUCUCUGGCGUGCACGAGGAAGCUCAGGAGGAUGACAUUUUCGAGGCCUUCUCGGAGUAUGGAGACAUCAAGAACCUGCACCUCAAUCUUGACCGCCGUACAGGUUUCGUGAAGGGCUAUGCGUUCAUCGAGUAUGAGAAUAAGCAAGAGGCAGAUGCGGCUAUCAAGGCCAUGGACGGCAACACUCUGUUGGA